AGGGGGGGGGGAAAAAAACACACGCGUAUCGGCUCCUCAACGUUUUUUGUGGGGGAUAAACUUUUAUGUAGUCAUUGUUUUUCACCGGCCUGCCUCGUCUGAGUUGACUUUACGUGGAGUGGGUCUGCGGGAGUUUGGACCCGCACACAGGAAACUGACGGCUUUCUUCCCAGCUGCCCAACAAGGAAGGCGUACUCCUACUUCCUGCUUCAGCACAGUCGGCCAGGAUGGCGGUCACCCCUCGACGCGUCCGCCUCAAGCCGUGGCUGGUGGCCCAGGUGGACAGCGCUCGGUACCCGGGUCUGGUUUGGGUCGACCGGGAAGUCAUGCGCUUCAGGAUCCCCUGGAAACACGCCACGAGACACACACCUCAACACGAGGACGAGGACACCAUAUUUAAGGCGUGGGCUGUGGAGACCGGGAAGUUUCAGGAGGGAGUUGAUGAACCUGAUCCCGCCAAGUGGAAAGCCCAGCUUCGGUGCGCCCUGAACAAAAGCCGGGAAUUCAAACUCGUCUAUGACGGCACCAAGGAAGUCCCCAUGAAUCCCUUAAAGGUAUAUGAUGUCUGCGACAUCCCACAACCCAACAGUAACCAAACUCCUUCAGAUGCAGGAUCACAUACUCCCUAUGAUGAGGAUUUUGGAGAGGAUCCCGACACGCCAGAGUCUCUUCCUCCAUAUCCAUCCAAUGGCACCAGUCCUUCUCCACUCCUUUUGUGGUCUCCAAUGGGUUCCGAUUCUUCCAUGCAGCCUUCCAGCUGUCCACCUUCGAACGAGGUCUGGCCCAAAGAGGAGCCUGGUAAAAUCUGGCCCAAAGAGGAGCCCGCAGAUGUAGAGAUGCCCCCCUCAAACCUGGAUGAACUGCCCCCUGCCCCUCUGCCCGACCCCAUCCUGCAGCCCUCUCCUCUUUCUGAUAUCUUCUUGGCCUCUCCGGAAAUGUGGAUCAGCUCCCUCCCAAUGACAGACUUGGAGGUCCAGUUCCUGUACAGAGGGAAGGAGGUGUCUCCUACCGUGACUGUGAGUAACCCGCAGGGUUGCAGGCUGUUCUACGGGGACCUGGGGCCCAUGGUCAACCAGGAGGAGCUGUUCGGACCCGUGAACCUGGCACAGCUGCGCUUCCCGACCACAGAGCACAUCACCAACGACAAGCAGAGGAUCUUCACCAGUCGGCUGCUGGAUGUGAUGGACCGAGGUCUGAUCCUGGAGAUCAGGGGCCACGAUAUCUACGCAAUCCGCCUCUGCCAGUGUAAGGUGUACUGGUCGGGCCCCUGCGCUCCAAACCCAGCUGCGCCAAAUCUGAUAGAGCGGCAGAAGAAGGUCAAGCUCUUUUGUCUGGAGUCGUUUCUCAGCGGUGUUGUAGCGCAGCAGCGUGGCCAGGCGACCAGCCCUCCUCAAUUUGAAAUCAGCCUCUGCUUUGGAGAGGAAUGGCCCGAUGGAAGACCCAAAGAGCGAAAACUCAUCAUGGUCCAGGUCAUUCCUGUGGUGGCUCGGAUGAUAAGCGAGAUGUUUUCCGGAGACAACAACCUUUCAUUUGACAGCAGCAGCGUGCGCCUGCAGAUUUCAAUCCCAGAUAUAAAAGACAAUAUAGUGAGCCACCUAAAGGAGCUGUACAGCCUGCUGCAGAACCACCAGGGCCAGGAGGGGUGGGCUCUGCCCCCCAACUCAGGCCUGAACAUUGCCCAGGCUCUGCAGACUCAGUGAAGCUGUGAACCAACUAUUUUAUACAAAUCAUCAAUAUUAUUCACCACUGCAGGGUUUUUUUUCCCCCCUCUGUUAGGAAACAAGUACUUGUAUGUAAUCCUGAUUAGAAGUGUGCAGAAUAUACUAUAGGAUUUGUGUUCUGUUCAGCUUUUGCUUGUAAAACUGCCCUACACUGUAGUGCAUUAGUCUGUGCAGGUUCUGCAGGCCAAAGUCCGCCUCGCUGCAGAGGAAUAUUUAUCAUAGUUAAUCAGUUACAGAUAUUGUUCAGAGUUAUCUCUAUCUACAUCCAAUAUGUGAUCGUCUGACAAUACGAGAGGCUUAUGAAACUGAUCUUAUUUGCUUUUCUGUAAUUCAGUUUUACACUUUUUUUUAUAGAAAAAUACAUCCAGCAAGAGAUUUCUUUUUUCGGAAAAUAAAAAUGUAGAUAAAUGUCAAUAAGAGUAGGGAUGGAUAUGAAUUCUUCUACAGUGCCCAUAAGAAUAAAUGGUCUACAUAUGGUUCCCCUCUUUAUCCUCCUUUGAAUUAAGUUAAAACGUUUUCUCGUGGGAACAUUAGAGUUUGACCAGCUGCUUGUCUUCUGGCAUCUCUUUUUCCAUAUGAAAUGUUGAAUAUUUUUGUACACAUUUUAGUUUGGCGACAGAUUGUAUCCAAAGCAAUCUGUAGCUAAACCCGACAACAUUCAGAUGCAUUAGUCCUUUUCUUUGCACUUUGGGGUGCUGAAAUGUUUUAUGAUCUGCUGAAUCUAUUUACCCUGUGAUUGCAUGUUUGUUUUAUCAAUAAAAGUACUGUUAAACACA